AUGUCCGACACAGACUCCGACGUCGGCGACGCAAACAGCAUCAUCAGCACCUCCGUGCUGCUGGGCUACGCCGAGGAGAACCCCACCGAGGACCCCAUCUCGCAGCUCGGCGGCACACCCAAAUGGAUGCACCCCGCCUCCCCCGCCGACUCCCGCCUCGCCAAAUGCUCAAACUGCAACAAGCUCAUGUCCCUGCUCCUGCAGCUCAACGGCGACAUCCCCGAAACGCCGCACGAGCGCGUCUUCUACGUCUGGGCCUGCCGCCACAAGCCCUGCUGGCGCAAGAAAGGGUCCCUCCGCGCCUUCCGCGGCGUCCGCAUCGUAAGGACACCCGCACCCGCCGAGACCGACAAGAAAAAGACCGACGCAUCACCGCCGCCGCCCGCGGAAAAGAAGAAGGAGCCCGUCAACACCGGUGCCUUCCUGUUUGGCAGCGGGCCAGCAGCGGGCUCCGCAAACCCGUUCGCGCAGGGGGGCGUAAACCCGUUCGCCCCCCCCUCCUCAACCUCCUCCACUCCCGCAAACCCCUUCUCCACCACCACCGCAAACCCGUUCUCCACCGCCACCGCCACCCCCAGCCCCCCACCCGCCGCUCCAAACCCUAAACCCUCACCACUCAAAACCUUCGCCUCGGCGCUCUCCCACAAUCUCCCCCCCGCCGCGCCCCAACCCACGCCGCAAUUCUACGGGCCCCCCGAACCCUGGCCCUCGCCCCUCCCGCACACCUACCCGUCCUACCACCUCGACGCCGAGCACGAGCACCUGGACACGCGCACGCCAGCGCUCCCCAAGAACGUCCAGAUCGUCGACACCGACGAGUACGCCGACACGCCCAUGAGCAACAGCGCCGAGGGCGGCGAAAGCAGCGUCGACAAGACGUUCCGCAAGUUUGCCGACCGCGUCGAGCAGAACCCGGAGCAAGUGCUACGGUACGAGCGGAAGGGCACGCCCCUCCUGUACUCCAAGGACGACGAGACAGGCAAGCUCCUGCUAGCGGCCGACGGCGAAGUCAGCAUGAAGCGGGUGCCGCCGUGCAGCGCGUGCCGCAAGCAGCGCGUGUUUGAGUUCCAGCUGAUGCCGUUUGCGAUCAGUAUGCUGGAGCGCGACGAGGCGGGGCUGGACGGGAUGGAGUGGGGGACGAUUAUUGUGGCGACGUGUGUGUGUGUGCCUGCGGUGCUGGAUGCGCAGGGGGUGGGGUAUGUGGAGGAGUGGGUGGGGGCGCAGUGGGAGUCGACCAAGUAG